AUGUUUUUGUCGCGGGAGGAGGCGGUGAUCAUCCCCUGCCAGAUGGUGAGAUAUGGUGCCAACCUACACGUUGACUUGAGGGGUUUUCCCCAACUAGAUGUAUCCCAUCAGCGGAGCACCGCCCAGCGGGAACAAGCUCUAUACUCCCGACUGGUCUCCCAGCAUGACAGGGUAAGUGUAAGCAAGAGAGGCGGAACUUUCAUCGGCGGAGACGGGUCCGCCGAAAGUGGUCGGCACGGCGGCGGCGGCGGCGGCGGCGGCGGCGGCAAAGGAGGAGGCGGGGGCGGCGCAACCAGCGUCCGAGAAGAACGGGGUCGGCGCCGGGAGACGGCGCGGGGGGCGGAGGAAGAGGCGACGACAGGGCCGGCGGCAGGAACAGUAGCGGAGGCGGGGCCGGGUUUGGGGGGAGGGAAAGGCGAACGUGUUGGCAGCGGGCGGGGAGAGACGAGGCAAUGGCGACGGAGAUGGAAUCGGAGGCGGAUGCUAGAGCGAAGGAGCGGAGGCAGUGCCGGAGGAGAGCGGAAGCGGAAGCGGAGGCGAGGUGGAGUCAGAGGUGGAUUCAAAUCCGGAGGCGGGGCCGGGGUCGGUGGCGGAGACAGUUGCGGGGCGUCCGAGAGGAACGGGGGGGGCGGCGCGUAUAAGAAGCGUGCGUCGCCCGUGUGCGCGCGUAUGUUCGUCAUGCCGGCGCUCGAGAUCCCGUCGGAUGGUGCUGUUGGUGCUGCUGGUGGCGAUGGCUGGCGCCACCGCCGCCACCGCCCCCGCCACCACCGAGUUGGAGCGCAAGGAGGACAAACCCACGCGCCAUCCGCACCACCUCUACUCGCACUACGGCUGGCUCAUGGCAUUAUAAAUAAGAGAACCGUUAGCAGCUGCCUGGGGCCCCUUCCCGGUUCUACCUGCCCCCGCGCUGAUUGGCAUCGGGAACGGGGGGAUUCUUCCCGAGGCAACGCCCUCUCGGAUGGGGGAGGAUGCAGCCAUCCCCACAAACGCACGCGCAGGGACGAGGGAAAUGUCUCCGUGAACAAGCAAAUGGAAAAGAGAAUGAACCACGAGAAUGGCAGCCGAGUGCAAGAUAGAACAAAGCAGGGACCUUCCGACAGUCAAUGGGAAAGGCUUUUCCACCGCGCGGGGGCGGGGAAGAGUGACGUAAAGGAGACGCCGUGGCGAGACGGCGCGAGUGGGCACCGUGGUUGUUCGACGAGUUCGGACAGGGUGGAUUGUUUCUUCAAACACAUUCGGGCAGAUCGUCAAUCUGCCCGGGCACACAGGUGCCUAAUCUACGAGCGGCCUUGCCGCUGGUCCGUAGGCGGAGAGGAGGGCUGCAGUGGUAGUUCUGGCAAACGCUUAGAGUGA